AUGGCAUUCACUAAAUUAAACCCCCAUACUAAGCAUCGAGAAUUUUCGGGACUUCCAGGUGCAAUAGGCAUAACUAUUGGAUUACCAAUCUUAAUCACCUUCUUUGCAUUAGUAACCAAUGAAACCUAUUCCCUUCAAGGAAUAAAUCUCGAUAUACCGGCCAUCGUUGCCCAGCUCCCGCAAUCCAAACAAGCGUGGAUUGAAUUAUGUUUUAAUAAAUCAUGUUGGAUCGUUUAUUUGAGUUGGUUUUUCGUAUUGGUGGGAUUAGAUCAUAUCUUACCUGGGAAAAUUAUGCAUGGGGUUGAAUUACGCGAUGGGACAAGAUUAGAAUAUAAAAUUAAUGGAAUGGCUAUGUCAUCGACAUUGAUUGUAUUGAUAUUGGGGAGAUUAUAUCAAUCGGAGGGUUAUUAUUUACCGGAAUUACAAUUUAUUUAUGAUAAUCAAUUAGAAUUAACUAUUGUUACGAUAAUUUUUUCAUUUAUGUUAGCGGUAUUUGUUUAUUUAAUUUCAUUUAUUCCAUUACGUAAACCUAAUGGGUUCAAAACUAAUGAACGUGUUCUUUCGGUGAAUGGAAACACGGGGAAUCCAAUCUAUGAUUGGUUUAUUGGUCGUGAAUUAAACCCAAGAAUUGGAAAUUGGGAUAUUAAAUUAUUUUGUGAAUUACGUCCAGGAAUGUUAUUAUGGCUUUUGAUCAAUUUAUCAUGUAUUCAUCAACAAUAUCAUACCAAUAAUGGACAGGUUACUGAUUCGUUGAUUUUGGUGAAUGUUUUACAAGCAUUUUAUAUAUUUGAUGGAGUAUUGAAUGAAGAUGGAUUAUUAACUAUGAUUGAUGUUACUACUGAUGGGUUUGGGUUUAUGCUUAGUUUUGGAGAUUUAGCUUGGGUCCCAUGGGCAUAUUCUUUACAAGCUAGAUAUUUAACUAUUCCAGGCAAUGAAAUUAUAUUGGGUAAAUUUAAUUUAUGUUUAAUUUUGGCAAUUAAAAUUAUUGGAUUUUAUAUCUUUAGAUCAGCUAAUAAACAAAAAUCAGAUUUUAGACAAGGGAAAUUGAAUCAUUUGAAGAGUAUACCAACAAAGACGGGAUCUAAAUUAUUGAUUGAUGGCUGGUGGGGACUAUCUCAACAUAUUAAUUAUUUGGGUGAUUGGUUAAUUGGCUGGUCUUGGUGUUUACCAACUGGAUUCCAAACUCCUUUGACUUAUUUCUAUGUGGUUUAUUUUGGAUCAUUGUUAUUACAUAGACAAAUUAGAGAUGAUGCUAAAUGUGCUGGUAAAUAUGGUAAAGAUUGGGAAGAAUAUAAAAAGAGAGUUCCUUAUAAAAUCAUUCCAUAUGUUUAUUAA